GGAAAUGGAAUGAAAGAGAAAAAUCCCCAGACUCAACCUUUAAACUCGAGAUCCAUCCGGUGACCCAAUUGGAACCGCACAACCCGACCAUUUUGCCAGGUCUAAAUUUUAGGUUGACUACGCACCUGGGCACUGCUCUUCAGUCUUCUUCAUUCUGAUCUGAUCUCCCCAGUCGGAAAAAGUCUGCUGUAUCCCCGGAUACAGCAACGUGGUAUCCCAACCCAAUGGGAAAACACCACAUCAACAAUUUUUUCAGACUUCAUCAAUCCCAAACCCAAAAAACAACUGAUGUGGUGUUUUCCCAUUGGGUUGGGAUACCACGUCUGCUGUAUCCCCAGACUUUCUCCCCGAGUCGAGGUUCCAAAUAUUUCACCGGAAAAAUGGCCUUCUUACUGAACAAAACCAAUCUCAUCUCUCAUUUCCGAUCUCACUCUCAGGCUGGCGAUGCACUUGCUCUUUCGCGUCGUGGAUUGCACGUGGAACCCGGGUCGCGCGAGAAAGCUCUCUUGGCAGCUGAUCCAGCUUUAAGUCGAUUCAAAUCACAUAAGAAGGGUGUGAAGACAAUUAAACGAAUUGGAGAUGUUCUUACAAUUGUUGUUGUAGCAGGUUACAAUUAGUGGGGAUGGGGGAUGUGAACUCAAUUGUUUAGCCCGGUAGGAUACACCAAUUGGGCUGAGAGCCCAGGUGCGAGGUGGUUCAUUAGUUUAAUUCUGGCUGCUACAAUUGUGAAAAUGUUUGCAAUGUAAUUGGCUUUGUAAGAAGUUGAGUGUCACCUUUACUUGGUUGAGACUUCAGAUGCUAGCCUUUAUAUGCUUCAAAUAAACGUGUAGCCUGAGAGACUUCUUUAGUGUAUUUUAACCUGGCAAUUUUCGAAAUUCAAUGCAUUGCAGCCUGUGGGACACCACGUGAAAUUUUUGUAUCAGUAUGCAUGGUAAUAGUUCUAUGAAUGCAUUUAUUUAUUUUUGGAUGGGGGGAGGAUCCAUAGUCCAUAGGGAUGUGACACAAUUUGUGGCUUCAUUUUAUUUUCUUUCUUUUUUUUUUUUUUUGGCUGCCUACUUGGAAUGUUUUCAAGAACGGGGAUCCUCCAAACUGGUAGCUUUGAAUUCUCAUAUGCAACUACAUGAGGAAGUUUAUCUUAUGAAUUUCAUACAGGUGAUAUUUACAAUCAGUGCUAAUAAUCAGAAUUGAUCAUUUAACUGAACCUCACUGAGUAGAGUGAUAGAUUGCUGCUCAAAUAUUAUACAAGCUUUAAUAGCAUAUUAAUUCUGAUUAUUAAAUGUUUGUUUCAGGCUGCUGCUAUGAAAUAUAUGUCAAAGCAGUAAUGCGAGAAGAAGCUCGGAAGCAGCCUACGAGUAAAAGUCAUUGAGGGAA